AUCAUUUUCAAGGCAGAAAUCUUCGCUUGAACAACCCUGCAGUACGUGGGUGAACGAGGAUACCGCCUAAGAUUCUGUAGUAUGCCUCAAUAACAACAGGUAUCAACACUUGCCCACCAUGGCUUCGGUCCUGCGCCAAAUUGUCGCGGGCCCGCGAGCAAGACACCCAGAGGCCCGCCUAGAUCUAUGCUAUUUGACGGACUUUAGUAUGAAAACUGCAAUGCUCCCCAUUAACUUGCAUGCUGCUAAUUCCUUCAGUCGUCGUAACCUCCGGCCCGAGUUCAGUGUGGCCCAAGAAAGCCUACCGGAACCCUCUCGAUCAAGUUGUGGCCUUCCUCGACAAGAAACAUGGAGAAGAGUGGGCAAUAUUUGAAUUUCGAGCUGAAGGCACUGGCUAUCCGGAUUCGGAGGUCUACAACAGAGUCCACCAUUUUCCAUGGCCUGACCACCACCCUCCCCCAUUUGCUAUAAUCCCCAACCUGAUGGCUGCGAUGCGGAAUUGGAUUCAGCGAUUAGACGAAGAGCCGAGCACAACGGGAGAAAAGAAGCCACCAAGGGUGGCAGUGGUUCAUUGUAAAGCGGGCAAAGGUCGAAGUGGUACGGUUGCAUGCUCAUAUUUGAUCAGUGAAGAAGGCUGGAAGAAAGAAGAUGCACUUGCUCGCUUCACUGAACGACGGAUGCGACCGGGCUUUGGUAACGGGGUUAGUAUCCCUAGCCAGUUGAGAUGGGUCAAUUACGUCGACUCCUGGACCAAUCGCCUGGGGAAAAGAUACGUUGAGAGACCGGUGGAAGUUGUAGAAAUCCAUGUUUGGGGACUAAGGGAUGGAGUUAAGGUCUCAGUGGAAGGUUAUGUCGAUAGUGGUCGUCAUAUCCGACAUUUCCACACCUUCAAGAGAGAGGAAAAGAUCGUGGUCGAUGGUCCUGGCAGGGAACCUGCUAGACCGCAACCUGACAAGACACAAGCCAACAGUGAUUCAGAAAUCUUGGUCAGCGCUUCAGAAGGUACCGCUCAGUCGUCAGACAGCAGCCUGUCUGGUAAAGCCAUCGGAUCUGCCCAGUCUGUGAUCCUAAAACCGUCAACGCCAUUGAUCCUACCCACCAGCGAUAUCAACGUUGACUUUGAACGUCGCAACAAGGCAGCCUACACGGGGUGGACGAUGGUCACCUCUCUAGCUCACGUUUGGUUCAACACCUUUUUUGAAGGUGGACAUGAAGGUCACGAUUCUGGAAUUUUCGAGAUUGAAUGGGACGCAAUGGAUGGUGUCAAAGGCAGUGCAAGGAAAGGCAUUCGAGCAUUGGAUCGAUUGAAAGUGGUUUGGAAGUACGCCUCAGCCGAAGACAGUGGUCUUGCCCCAGAACGAGAAAUCAAAGAACCUGCAAAGGGGGAACCAGUUCCGGAGAAUCCGCCCGCGGAUUGGCGUGGAGAAGAGAACACAGAGAGUCGUCCGGCAGACGGGCUAAACAGCGGUCGUCCUGGAGGCAUUGCCUUGACGGUCGGUGCGGCCAUCAGCCAGGGGGUUGCCACGUUGGGCAAGGACUUGGGUCUACGCAAAAGUCAACCGGACAGCGCAAAUCUCAGCCGCGCGUCUAGUGUCAAGGAAUCUUCGGUGCCACAGUCCUCUGUGCCAGAGUCGGUGACGGAUGCAGAUGUCAAAGACGCCGAGUCGGAUGACGAGGGUGUACAACCCCGUGGUCCAUCUGGAGAGGAUCGUCUUGAUGUUGAUUCUGUUGAUGAAGGCACAGGAAGUAAGGAGACAGCCCACGAUGCAACAACAGUGAAGACCUCAGAAAAUGACACGACGAAGUGAUGUUUAGACACCAGUACACGAUGUGGAUGAAUAAAUGCAUAUAUAUACCAUUCUGACUGGGAGCCUGUUUAUAAGCCACCUAAUCUGCAUG